AACUCAUUCCUACGGCAGCACCAUGGAGUUUGACCGCUGGAAGGACUACUUUGCGCUGGCUCUGCUGGUCCCGAAGAUGGCAAGGGAGAGAAGUUGCGCCCAGCAACCACCAAAACCUGUCUAUGUUCCUGCAUUCUACUCUGGAGCCAAGGAGGUGCCGGGUCAGAUUGGAAAUGCCGCCCCACGGCCUAUUCUAGCCAGAAAGCACCUUUAUGUUCCUGGACUUUACCCCCCAGCGGAGGAGGAUGCCAGUUUUCUCAGUGGGAAGGGCAAUUACGCCCCCAAACCAUUUGCCGUUCCGGCGACGUACAUGGCGGUUGAGGAGGGCAACACCGUGCAGAUGAUGGCAGCAGAGAUGGGGAAUUGCCUCCCUGAAGCCCAAUGGGCUAGAAAACUUACUAAGCGUCCUGCUUGUGCGACCGGCCUCCAUCUUCAGCAGAGGGCAAAUAAGACCUCACCCGUUGCCCUUUGUGCCAAUGCCAAUCCACAUGGAAAGGGAAGAGACUCCGACGUGCAGAGCAGGGUUUGCCCAGAGGAACAAGGGGCAACUGAGAGCUUCUGCCACUUCUGUAAGCACAAUGGCGAGUCCGGGAGAGUAUACACCACCCACACCUUGAGGGAUUCCCGCGGCUCAGUCAUCUGCCCCGUCCUUUGGAAAUACACCUGCCCCUUGUGCGGGGCGACGGGGGACCUCUCCCACACUCUCAGGUAUUGCCCCUUCAAUGAUAACAAAAGCUGCCUGUACAGCAAGAGCGGCCGCAACUCCUCCGGUCGCCUGCUGAGGCAGUAAUUCAAGGGAGCCGUUAGAGGGUAACGUUGUACCCAGUGUUCUUCUGAUGCCAAUUAACCACAAGCCAGUUCGUUAGUUGAGAGACCGUUAUCCUAUAAGGGAGUGUUGGCUGGUUGGACUGGCGGUGGCCCUGGUUGCCCACUGAGUUACACAG